AUGGAUAUGGCCAGCUGUGGACCAUCCAACGCAUUACAGAAUUUGUCCAAACAUACUCAAAGGGACAAUACCUUACAAAAUGAGAUAAUUAGAAACCAGCCUCAACAGGGAAAUGGAUUCAGAAACCAACCAAUAGUGGACCAAAGAUUAAAUCAGGACUUCCAGCAGUUUAGUAACGGACAGAUAUUUGAUCAGUACCAGUCUGAGCCAGUUCGUCAGCAAUUUCAUCAGCAUCAUCGUCAACAUAACCAGCCUCAAUAUAGUCAGCAUCAACCUCAACAAGGAUGGGUACAAGAUUUUUCAAAUAUGAGUAUAAAUCAACAGCCAAGGCACCAGAGUGGGAAAAUACAGAAUGGUAAUGUACAGAAUGACUGGCAUCAACAAUUUAUGAAACAACACCAGUCAUCGCAACAGCCAUUGCAGAAUAAUGUAGCUUAUCAGCCUCAGCAUCAAAUGGGAGGGUUCCAGAUGAACAUGAGAACCAACUUAUCAAAUUCAUUAUAUCAGACCAGAGGAAAUAUGUCCGAACAUAAAGAGAUACAUAAGUUGGAAGAAGAGAACCAAAUUUUUGAUGCACAGUUUGACCAGUUAGAGAGAGAAUUACAGCAAGAGCAGAUGGGUAACGAACAAACAGCAGAAGUGCAAAUGGAUUCAAAUGAGAUCGACAAGGAACAGUUUGCGAGGACAGCGCAACAGGUCCAGGAGUCGAUGCUUAAAGGCGAGAACAGCGAAACGAAUGCAAAAUUCAAGAAUUCGAAUUUCUUGAAGCUAAUGAGCUCAAUUUCGAACAGAUCAGUCGAGUUAUCUGCAGAAGGAGAUAAGUUGGUGAGCAAAGAAUCCGGUGAAGAUAUAAGGGAUAACCCUGAUCUCGUUGCGUCCCAAUCACCGACCCCAGCACCAUUGUUAAAUCAGGAAAACACAAAUUAUAUUCCUAUGUCACGAGAUGACAAACCUACCCAGGAUACUCUUACACUGCAUUUGCCCGACCCAUUGGCACAUAUCAAGAAGGGUUCAGUUGAAGGAGACGUGAGUCCAUUCCAGGCUGCACAGAUCGUGAGUGGGAACCAGGUCAAGGCUUCUGAUUGGAUGGAAGAAGAUGAUUGGCUUGAUAUGACAGAGGACGCACCCUUCCCGGUGACGGGUGGUCCUCGAAGGGCUCCACAAUCCCAAACUCGUCCAAAUAUAAUGCCGGACGAAUGGCAAGAAGUAUACGACGACUACAAGCACGAUGACGAUUUCAAUUAA